AUGCAGUUUGUACUACUUGACAAACCACGACGUAUAGUUUACAUGAUUAAUCCUGCCAAGAACAGCAAAGAUUCCUUCACUGCCUACGAUCCAUUUGAUUCAAAAAAAGAACAUUUUAAAAAGGAUGAAGUGGCGUCAGAUGAUAUUUUACGUCAAUAUUCAUAUAUAUCGGUACGUGAUAAUGCUUGGAAUGUGCGUCCGAUCGAGCAGUUAACUGUUAUUUUAUUCGAUGUCAGCGGUUCGAUGAAAAAUAUAACAGCGAACAAUUCCAAGAGUCUUCUUGAUUUGAGCAUUAGUGCACUAGGUGUAUGGAGUGACAAGUUCUGCUCCAACCGAUUACCACAUGUUAUAGGUCUUAUUUACUGUGGUGCUAAAGUAACUCCAACAACUCAACUUAUCUAUGAAGGCUGCUCACUUACCAAUAAUUUUAAUGAUUUUGAAAAGUCAUUUAGUUCUCGACCGGAUUGUGGUUCGUCAACUCCAUUGUAUGAUGCGAUUGAAUUUGCAUUGAAAAUAAUGAACCAGUUUUAUGAACAACACAGAAGCAAAAUGAAUCCUAAAUACCACAAGCUCAUCGUUUGUCUUUCUGAUGGUGAAGAUACUUGUAGUGAAAUGACAUUAUCGACAACUGCCGAGAAACUUGAACAAGAAAAUGUCAUUUUUGAUAGUCCCAUAGGUACCAGCUAUUAUGGUUAUACAUGGCUCUUAUCUGUCGAAUUUCCAUCGCAGAUGUAUCCGUUAAGACCACCAGAAAUUCGAUUUAUAACGCCCAUUUAUCAUUGCAAUAUUAGUGAUGAUGGAAAAAUCUGUCAUGAAAUCUUACGUAGUCACUGGACAUCACAGACAACUAUGUACGAUGUACUUCAGCAAAUCACUAGUUUGCUUUUCCAACCAGAACCAAACGAUGCAUUAUCAACAAAUAAAGGUGAUCUUUUAAAAACAGCACCAAAGGAUUAUUUCAAGGAAUUACAGCAACACAACGAAAAAUAUGCCAAGGCAACUAUCGAGGAGCUCAAAAAUCAAUAUCAACUUGAACAAUUUAGUAGAUAA